AGAGAGAAGGGAAGAUAAAGAAGUGAGGGGAUAGGAGAAGGGGAAAGACACGUGAGAGAGGAAUAGGGGAAUGAGAAGUAAUUAAGUAAUGAAAGGUGACAGGUGAGGAAGGAUAGAGAAUAGAGAGAGAGGAGCGACGAGAGAAAAGUAGAAGACGACAAUGAGAUGGGAAAGAUGAGAAUGAACAGAGAAUGAGAGAGGAGAAUGAAGGAUAAGGGAAAGUUGAGAAGGGAGCCAACGAAAUGCGUCUCAAAGCAAGGCAUUAACGGGUCAUCACAAAAGGAGACGAUGGCAACUAUUAAUGACGUCACAACCUUCCACAUGGUCUCAAUACUACCUUCAUUCACAAUAUACAGUGAAUUACAGCUUCCUAAUGAAUUCACCAUUCUCGUGUACCUGGCUUGCGCUUGUGUAUGGACACGCAAAGGUAAGACACUGUCGUUUAAUCCUUAAUAAUAUCUAAUGCCGAGCCAGAGGCGACAGUAUGACGUCACGCGCGGCGCCAUAUCAUUGGUCGGGAGACCUGGACAAAACGAACGCUUGCUGGAACGUUGUGUUGACAACAUUAUAAGACCAGCCGAUGUUAGGGGUCCAUUCAGUCCCGAAUUAAAGCAACGCACCUUCAGCACAUGACGAUUACGGAGCUGUGAAGGUGUCUGGUUGUAAACAAACCGGUUUCAGUCGCUUUAGAAUCGUUUCCGGCAGUUGAUAAGUCAUGUGCAGUACCCACUACAAUUUCAAGAGUGUGCAUCCUGAAGUAACCUGCGCCGAGGACAUGGAAGACCUGAUCGGUACGGCCAUUUGCUACCAGUACAUGUUCGAGAAGCGCACCUCACCGUGGGAGAGGUGCGAGUGGUCUGAGGGUGAACUGGAAGCCUUUGAGAUAGAUCUGGAGGCCGUCGACCGCCUCUACUACAUCUAUCACUGCGACGACGGUGUCUCCGGCAGGGACUUCGAAUUCGCUGGCAGGAUGGAGUACAAGCACGGUUAUGUCUACAUCAAGAUGUCAGCCGGCUGUGACUUCACCGGCUUUGAAUGCCAAGGAGGAGGCAAGAUCUUCCUCACCUUCGACGCUAGGAUCUUCCUCAAGUCCGCCAUGGAGCAACACUACCAGCCUCACCUCAUCUGGGAGUCCAUGGUGCAGGACGGGCUGGACGUUGAAGAGCCUUCGUCCUCCUCCUCCUCCUCACAUCUCCAGAAAACAAUGACCUGGUUAUACUCCACCUCCUGUGGCACUUGACCCUGGCACCACCAGACGGACGGACGGACGAGUUGACCUACUUCGGUAGGGCCGUCAAUCUCCCGUGUCGCUGCCAGGGUCGAAGAGGCUGCCAGACCAGACGAAGGUGACGGAAGCUGGUGACUGCAAGCAUCUUAUGUUGGUCGCUCUCUACAGCAUCACUCGACAGUGGCUGAUGGGGUGAUGCCCGCACCCUAAGACGUGUCCUGGGGUGCCUGUUCACAAGUGUUCAAGCAACACCGUCUGUUGAACGGGAACGGAUACCUCUCCUCUCUUCUCUUCAUAUUUUAUAAUUACAUUAAAAUCAAUAACAUUGAA